AUGGAUUCGCAGAUGAGCAACCUGCUAAAAUGGAGCAUCGAAAACUCCGCCCCCACACAGAAAAAUGGCGUUGAACAGGACUCGCCCGAACAAACGGCACAGCGCCUUGAUACUGAUGCUCUCGAGCGCCUUCUGGGAAAUGCUCCAUCAGAUGCCGAAAUGAUGAAGGCGGCUAUGGAGGUGAUCCAAGACGAGACCGCCACCCUGGAUAACAGGCUCCUCGCAUUCGACAAUUUCGAACAACUGAUUGAGAACCUAGAUAAUGCAAACAAUAUGGCUGUUCUAGGGCUAUGGACUCCAUUAAUUGGGGAGCUGGGCAACGUAGAGCCAGAUAUGAGGAAGAUGGCUGCCUGGUGUAUUGGAACGGCUGUGCAAAAUAACGAGCAGGCGCAAAACAAGCUCGUGUCUUUUGAAGCCAUUCCUAAGCUUCUCCAAUUGGCACAGACCGAUCUAAAUGCUGCUGUUCGCCGAAAAGCUAUAUAUGCACUAUCUUCCGCGGUACGGAAUAGCCAGCCUGCACUUGACCAAUUGCAAUCACAUUUACCAAAUGAUUUCGUUUCAAAAGACGAAAGGCUUCAUGCCGAUGAUAUGGGACGUAUUGAUGCUAUUCUGAAUAAGUUAAGAGAGAUAUCUGUAUGA